UCGACGCAAUUCAAGAUGUUGGAAUUCCGAAUUGGAUUUGUUGCACUAUUAACCUUCGUUUGUUCUCGGUCACUAGCAGGUGAAGAAUUACAGUACACCACACUCGGACAGCUGGCGUUCGGAUGUCCACAAGGAUGGAAGUCUUUUGAAACUAAUUGCUAUUUCCUGGCGGAUUUUAACAUGGAAUUUGAAGACGCUGAGAAAACAUGUGAAAACCUGGGUACUAUGUCUUUAAAAAUAGACGAUGACAUUGAAAAUAAGAAGGUCGCUGAGUUUGCUAGAAACGUUUCCUGGACCAGGUUUUGGAAUGGACAUAAAUAUUCAGAGUCUGUGUCACAACAUUACAAUUUUUGUACCCUUUUCUAUGAAAAUAAAACUCGUUAUGUACGACCUGAAGAAGAUACAUCACUGGCUGUGAUAGUUCACCAAGCAAAAGCAGUUGGAAUGCUGUAG